GUUAGUAUUAAUUCGACAUUCGUCUGAGACGAACGUGCCGCUGUGCAGCGCUUACCGGCUUAGAUCGUGUGCAUUCUCGUUACGUCACGAUCGAUAUCUUGUACAAUCGAGUGCAUUAUUAUUGCAGUGCCUGUGUCAGUGUAUGAAAAUAUUUUUUUAAAGUUCAAUCCGACAUGGUAUCACUUUUAAAACUAUUGUGCCAACUGAACGAUCUUUUGGAUAAAUUCGUCUGUACUUUGUAAGGUGUUAAAUGACAAUGGGUGCUCCAGCGUGGGGUUCCCGCGGUGGCGGCGGCGACCGUCCCCGGCUGCUGCGCAUGACACCGCUCCGACAUAGCUUCGCAGCGCCCGCGUCGCCGCCCGCGCCUCCUCCGCGCGCUCACGACUACGCCUCCGACGCCGACACCAACAAGAAAGAAGAGGGAUGGAACGCUAACCUGUCCCAAAGAUGGCGGAAACUACGACGACGGUGUUCACGAUUGCGGCCGGGAUCAGGCAACCGUGAGCCGAGCCCAGUGCGCUGUUCACCGUCUCCACCAAGACCUCCAGCACACUGCUCCCCUGCACCACCUUCAAAACUGUCAUUCCGACAUCGAGGAAAAGUGUACACUACUGCAUCCCUUCGUGUGACUAGUGGUGCCCCAGAUUUACUUCGUGCGUUGGGAAAGCUUGGCGGUGGCCUCCGACGACGAGCGCUGUCUGCUCAUGACGUGUUGGCGCCACCACCACAACAACCAUCUACUUUCUAUGUUCCUAGUCCUACUGCAACACGGCAUCCGCCGUCACCCUCCCCGCCUCGCCAGUCAGCAUCAGUUCGAAGGCGGUGUAGCUCACCAAACGUUUACAGAGCAGCCAAAGAUUCUGCAACAUCUAGAGACCGCGCACCUCUUAUUAGUCAAGAAGACGAAAGCCGAGAUGUAGUUGAUUACAAUUAUGUGCCUGAAAGAAGGAAAAACAGUUCAGAGGGACGAAGUCGUCGACCAUACAGUGAGAAUGUAGAAUUAGAUGUCCCUUAUAGAAACGGAUACAAUCGGCUACCCUGUGAUGCUUCUCAGAGGUUAUGGGAAGAACCAUAUAGAUUGCCGAGGGUUCAGUCUAGACAGGAGUCGAUGACACAGCUGAGGAAUGGUGUCGCCGAGUUACGUGUCAGUGCGACUCCAAGAUCAGCACGCCCGCCACCCGCGCCACCUGCCGCUACUCAGCCAGGGAAGCGACCACCUGCUCCUGAACCUCGAGAUACACACACUUUUGAGGUGCGGUUUACAAAGUCAGCUGGCGGGAAAGGUCUCGGUUUUAGCAUCGUGGGUGGGCGGGACUCGCCGCGCGGUGACAUGGGCAUUUUUGUGAAAACUAUUUUCAAUAAUGGCCAGGCUGCUGAAUCUGUACUGAGAGAAGGUGACGAGAUCCUCUCAGUAAACGGUCGUGGUACGGCAGGGUUGACACACGGAGAGGCGAUCCGUCUAUUCAAGGAUGUCCGUGCAGGGCCCGUGCUGCUGCGGGUGACGCGGCGUCCACCUCGCUGACUGCGAUGCGCCUGCUGCGACUUGCACGACCAGCAGGCGCCAAACCGUGCAUCUGACAUCUACUCCACUAUGUAGGCCUCUUAUAAAACGUUACCCACACUAGAAUUGUCUCCUACGUUGUGGGUACGGUUUAUAAAUACUCUCACAUAGUAUACUACACAGCAUAAAAUCUAUGUAGAUAUGGAACAAAAAUGUGUGGUUUGCUGAAAUCGCUAUAUGGCAAUCUGUUGUCCAGCCAUUACAGCAACUGUGAAGUCAAAGACUCACAUAAGUAUUUAUCUCGCUAACAUAUCUAUUAAUGACAUUACACAGACAUUUACCAUUUCUUUGAGACAGGUUGGUCAUACAUACUAACCUUAGGAUGCUUCUGCCGGGGUCAAUAUAUUUCUGCAAUUUAAUAUAUUGCAUUAUUAGUACCUAAUUAUUCAGUCAUACCGGCCAUAUAUGGUUGUCGGCUACACCAAAAAUAUUAGGACAAAUGGCUGGAAUAAAACUGCAAUAUUGCUUGAAAAAGUAUGCAAUAUUGCUGGCUACUAUAUUACAGUCUGAUGUUUCAGAUAAAUAUUGCCCAUUUCGAAGUAAUUCGGUAUAAACACAGACCUAAGUCAUCAUUAAUGAGGUUAUUUACUCCCAUUAAACUCCGAUGAUUUGACAAGGCAUAAUAAAGGUACAUCAAAAGGCUUUUAAUAGUAAAGCUAGUUCAGAUGCAAUCGUUUCAAGUGUGCCUUACGUGAAACAAAGAAAUUAUAGGCAUUGAUAUAAAACAGGUACAUACAGAUAGAUAGCUAUUAUUGUAAAAAGUCCUAAUUUUCACGAAUUGACUUUAAACGAAGCAAGCAUGGUACCUAAAAUACCAUACAUUAUGGCUUUUCGUAAUAAUAAACGAAACUAAUUCAUUAGUUUUUCUUCUUCGUGAAUCUAAGUAUUUAUUUACUGCUUGGAUCCGUCAACUUUACAAUUAAUAAAAUACAAUAUACAUACAUAUGAAGUGUGAUUAAAGUUUAAACUAUGCAACUUUAUUAAAGUGUAAACAAAUUCGAGUAUUAUGAAAUAUUUUGGGACUGUAUUUUUAAAGCCUAUAUGCAUCACUUUAUAUGCAAAUAUGUAUAUAUUUUUAUCAAUAAUUUAUAGUAUUUCAACAUUGCAUUUAUUAAUUGCUGAAAGAUUGUAAUAAAAAAUAGACAAGCCUACUUAAGAUAUGUUUGUAUUUUAUAGAAAGUAGGUAAAAACAUUAGAUUUGCUAUUUAUAACAGUUUAUAUGCAAUUGAUAAAAACCAAUAUGUAUAUGGUUAAAAUUUGCAUAUAAAUAAGUUAUUUUGUAUAUUGAAACUAACCAAACUAAUGAAAGCAAACGAAAAGUAUUAGAUACACACAGUUUGAUACAAUUUUGAUAAAAAUUGUCUGUGAUAUUGAUAUUCAAAGCUGAGUGCGACAUUGUAGUGUUUUGUAAUUAUAUAUAUUAUAGGGCAACUAACUUAUUUUUUAUAAUUGUGACAUCUACUUAGUAUUUAUUGUAAAAAUGUAGUACAUAUAAUAAAUAAUACGUUUUUUAUAAGGAAACUAGUAUGUUAUUACUAGUAUAUAAGUGCUUUUAUUGUACUUUAAAUAUUGUAAGAAUGAAUGAAAGUGUAUUUAGAAAGUAUUUUUGUACAGAUUUUAAAGAAAGAAAGAACUUUCGACGCACAAAUAAGUAAUCGCCUUAAAACUGCAUGAAAUACUAAUUUUUGUACAAACAUACAUUAUUCCUUAUCUUCCGUAAGUAUUAUUAAAAUUCUAAAUUAAUAAAAAAUAUAAUUAUGUAUGUGAUUUACUCAACGAGAGAUGUAUUCUAAAUUUUAUAAAAUAAAAACGAAAUUAUGUAUUGGAGAUGAAAUUGUAUUUUGGACGAAUGAUUGUCAAAUGUAUUUUUAUAUUGUCGUGUAGAAGCCAAAUAAUGUAUUUUAUAUAAUGCAGUGUAUUUUUUAAUAAUGUAGCUAACGGAUGUGUUUGACCAAUGAAUAAUAACACAAUAUGCAUUCAAUUAUAUGAAUGGUAGACGCGAUAGCUUACUGAGUAUUUUUGCAUUUUAAUAUAGCAUUUUACUUAUAAGUACGAUAUAAAUAAAAGUUUUAAAAUAA